CGAUCAUCAGGUGCCUUUUUGCUCUUCUUCUACUUCCCUACAAACUGCGUCUGCGACAGUCCCUUACCAUAAUCCUUUCUUGACCGACUCAUCGUUAAUCAAAAAGCAGUAUCAACACCCUCACCCUCGUCGUCCACCACGGCCACGUCUAUAUCCACACUCUUAGGGUCCUCUCCGUUAUACACGCGCCCCGGGCUUAUUAGCUGCCUAAUCAUGGCCAAUCCAUGCCGUCUACGCCCACUCACGCCCACGCAUUCCACGCGUACGCACUCGAAUCGGAACGAGGCCAGACGGAAGGGCGAUCCAUACUGACAGAAAAUCUCCAGUCCCCUCCCUGCCACAGUCUGCAAGAUGACGAACUACACACUCAUUUCUCCAAGGCAACCAGCAAAACUCGACGUCACCAGUUGACAACAUUUUGUUUGGUCUUCCUGUCCUUGUUGCUCAUAUAGCCUCUCGAUAUCGGAUUCUACGGCAUCACUUCGAAGGCAUUUGUCACAUCACCCGAACAACCACCCCUACCAUUGUACACCCCCAAGUCCCAAGACGGCGACUUGUCGUGGUGGUGCGAUCUCUGCGAUAUCGGGUGGGCGGAUGAGUACGGUCUCAACCUGCAUGAACGCAGGUCAUAUGGCCACAGGGUCAAACAAGCCGAGCGCCAGGGCCUACCGCCUCCUCCCAAACCGGAGAGGGGGUAGGGGUUGGGUUUUGAUGUUUAUACUGUAUUUGUGACAGACUGGAGUGAUUGCCAGAGCGGUCCUUGUUUUAGACAAAAUGGUUGAGAUCUUUGACAUUUUACCUUGGGUAUGCUCUUACUACGCAUACAAAUAGGACUCUAGCCGAUGUCAUUUCGAAUUGUUGUAAUCCCUAUUACAGUCUUGCAACGGCCUUUUCUUU